CCUCGGGCGGGGCGCGGGCGCCCAUAGGCCAGGGCGCCAUCCGGGGCCUGCUCGGCGCCGCUCGUCGCCCUGAAGGCAGCAACAUGGCGGAGGCUUCCUUCGGGAGUUCCAGCCCAGUUGGGUCUUUGUCUUCGGAGGAUCAUGAUUUUGACCCUACGGCUGAGAUGCUGGUCCAUGACUACGAUGAUGAAAGGACUCUGGAAGAAGAGGAGAUGAUGGACGGGGGUAAAAACUUCAGCUCUGAAAUCGAAGACUUGGAAAAGGAAGGAAACAUGCCUCUGGAAGACCUGCUGGCCUUCUACGGCUACGAGCCCACGCUGCCCGCCGUGGUGGAGCCCAGUGCCAACAGCUCCCCGAGCGAACUUGCCGAUGAGCUGCCGGACAUGACGCUGGACAAGAUCCCGGGGAAGCGUCCCUCGCCUUUCCGAGCUCAGGCAGGGAGAGGAAUCCACAUCUUGGAACCUCUUCCUGAGGAGAUAGCCAAGGACCUGCUGUCCGGGGACGAUGAGGAGACGCAGUCCUCCGCCGACGACCUGACGCCAUCCGUGACGUCCCACGAGGCCCCCGACUUCUUCCCGCGGCCGCUGCGCUCAAAUACUACUUGUGACGGAGAUAAAGAGUCAGAGACUGAAGAUGUUGAAGCAGACAAUGGUAACUCACCUGAAGAUCUGAGGAAGGAAAUAAUGAUUGGUUUACAGUAUCAGGCUGAGAUCCCCCCUUACCUUGGAGAGUAUGAUGAUAAUGAGGAAGAGUCUGAGGACGGAGACCAGCUCCUCUGGCGUCCGGGCGUGGUUGCAGAGAGCCAGGUGGAGGAGUACCUGGUGGAGGCCGCACUCCGAACCGGGAACGAGAAGAUGGUGGACAGGGCUUCUGCCGGCGCGCUUGUCAGGGACAGUGAGCAGGCCUUGUACCAACUGCUCCGGUGUGACCACAACGUGCAGGAGGCCGUCGAGAGGCAUUGCCGCAGCGGAAAGGCCUCUCAGGAAGGAAUGGCUGUGUGGACAGAAGAGGAGUGCCGAAGCUUUGAACAUGCACUCAUGCUGUUUGGAAAAGACUUUUAUCUGAUACAGAAGAACAAGGUGAGAACCAGAACGGUGGCCGAGUGCGUGGCGUUCUACUACAUGUGGAAGAAGUCGGAGCGCUACGACUACUUCGCCCAGCAGACGAGGUUUGGGAAGAAGCGCUACAACCACCACCCUGGAGUGACGGACUACAUGGACCGCCUGGUGGAUGAGACGGAGGCGCUGGGCGGGACCGUCAGUUCUCCCGUCUUAACCGCCAGCCGCCCAGAGCCUGUUUCUGACCCGCAGCUGAACAUCCUCAACUCCUUCUCCGCAGGCGACCUGACAGCUCUGACCGGCAGCGCAGCGACCCCCGGGUCCGUGAGCUGCCUGGACGAGGGCUUCCCCCCGCUGGGCAGCCUGCCCCGCGGCCCGGUGACGCCCGUGCCCGUGGCGACGGAGGAGCUGCUCACCCUGCCCAGCCACGGGGAGAGCGACUGCUUUAACUUGUUUGAGACGGGCUUUUACCACUCGGAGCUCAACCCCAUGGCCCUGUGCAGUGAGGAGCCAGAGAGACCAGCCAAGAGGUUGAAGAUGGGCCUGGCGGUCCCGGAGCCCUUCCUGAGCGAGGUUUCUGUGAGCAGCCUAGGCGUGGACUUCGAGAGCCACACACACCACAUCGCCAGCGCCAAGAUGGCCGUGUCCGUGGCGGACUUUGGCAGCCUGUCUGCCGGCGAGGCCAACGGCUUCCUCAGUGCCCAUGCCCUGCACCCGCCCGCCGCCCUCCACUCCGAGUGAUGGCGGCCUCAGCCCAGUGCGCAGACACGUUGGGCUGCUUAGUCUUUCACUGGAAGCUCGGACGUGUUCACUAUGACAUCAGUGAUGUCAGCAUGUACAGACUCUAUCUUGAUUUAUCAAGAAUAUUUUCAUUUCUCAAUCCAUAAAUGUGGAAAACCGUGAACAGCAGAGCUGGGAGCGAAGGUGGGACUCUGCAGCUUUAAGCUCUGCUCUCCCCCCUCACCUCCCAGGCCCACCACGCCCCCUUCCAGUCUCUUGCUCCCACGUUUAAGGCCUGUAGACAGGCCACCAGCUCAAAACCAGCACAUGUUCGGGACGGAAGGAGUGGUGUCUUCGCGUGUAAGGUCCUUUUGCCGUAACGGAUGCAUCAGAAUAAGUGUUUACAGGUGCCGACCCUCAUCCCUGCAAAAUGUAGCAUUUUUUGGUUUUCUUAAUUAAGCAAAAGCAGGGGUAGGUUUCUUUAAACUGCACAGACAUGCAAGGGUUUUUUAAGUGGAAACUUCUCUCACGUUCCUCAGCUAGAGCACUUCCGUUUACAGACAGCACGUCCACCUCGGAGCUGGCGAGGGCUGCGCGCAGACGGUGCUCGGAUGUUACUGUCGGAAGAUUUAUGAACUUCAUUUGUUGGCUACAGAUGGGGCAUUUGAAGAUGUGGUACCUAGAUAGGGCUUGUCCAUCCUUGUCAAGGUUGUGAUUAGAAAGCCACACCGCCAUCGACGUGGAGUCUGGGGCGGUGGCUGGUGGGCAGGCUCCUGUUCACGCGACUGGCGCGGGCAGCGCUGCCGUACGGUGUGAGUGCCGAGGAACGACGUUGAGGUUCCACAGGCGGCGGGAGAACCUCAAGUAGAUUCACAUGUUUUGUUUGACUUGAGUUACUGUCUGAAAUAGAACGGUACUUGACCACUUCUAGGCUUAAGCAGGUUUAGGUGCUUGGAUGCGCUCAGCUGUUUCCCGUUCAUCCGGACAUCCCUGAACGGAGGCGAGCUGUGGUCCUGCACCGUGGCCGCCGUGCGCCGUGGCCUGCAUUGAGGUGACCACACGCAGUACAGUGUUCGGACGCGCCAAGUUUUGCUUUUAUACGGUAGUUCAGUUAAGACAGACUUGUACCUUUUUAUUUGCACCGCCUUUGUUAGGGUUUCCCGUUUCUGCGAGUGACUUGCUUUGCAGGUGGCUGAGAUGUGUGGCCGCAUUGCCGAUCUGUGAUCUACGUCACCUCAAGGUGGUGCUGGCGCGUAGGUAGAUGGUAGUGACCGUAGCCGUGUGGGCAGGGAGGGUAUUUAUUACACAGACUGUGAACUGCAAUGGCAUCCUGGGUUUGGAUGAAGUGUAUUCUUGUUUUUCUUUGCAGCAUUUUAAUGAAGAUUGCUUUGAAGUGUUUACACAGCAUAGCACAUUUACCAUAAAAUGUAGUUUAGCACAGUGGACAGAAGUAGGAAGUUAAUAACUUUAAAACAGUCUCUAAUUUAUACAUCUGCAGCCCAGCGUUCCUGUGCACACCACAGCCAUGGGAAGGCUUCUCUCAGGCCAUCUGAGCUGUCAGUUUGUGUUAGCUUUGGACCUUAGUUCUUGCGGAAAGAAUCAGUACAGCUAUGAUUUGUAAGGUAUUGGCCAUCCUCUUCCAUUGUUCAGACUUUAAUUUUCACGAGGUUUACAGUGGCUGGUGGGUGUGGCGAUUUACACAGAUGGCCGAGCGCUAACACCAGCCACACUGCGCGAGCACGCUCAGGCCCAGGCCGAGUUCUGGUCGUGCAGCUACGCGUUGCUGGGGCUCCAUCAGGACGGAAACGGUGUUUCUCACCACAAGCUUUGAUUAUCAGCAAGUGGAAUGGACAUGUUAUCUGAAUAAAGAUUUUUGACCAAAAUUCAGAAAAUGAUCUGAGAGAAACAUAAACUCCAGCUAGUUUAUAGAUGUUUAGAUGCCAAGCUAGUUCAGCCUCUUAGAGAGUGCUGGCGGGCUGGCGAUGUUUACUUUUAAUUCCUUGUGAAAAUGAGGCAAUAAUCUGCAAGGUUCCUGUAUAUAUGUGUAAAUUCUUCCUGUCUUUUUAGAUCUGAUUCCGUAUUUUUUUGACUGCGUCUGCCAUGUAUAAUAGCAUUUUUGUGCAUGCUUGAUGUGACAUACAUGAUACCACUUUGUCCAUGUAAAAUAGCUAUUUAUUGAAUUUUCUUUUAAAAGCUGGAUUGACUGUUUCCCCCCUCUCCAUUGAAGCAUCUUACACAGAAUUUGUUACUGUUUAUUAGAAGAAUUGCGUUUGAGAGCGUUAAGAUAACGAUUUGCAAUCAUAUGAAGAGAUAACAAUGCCUUUAUUAUCAAGUGUUAAGCACAAUUCUUAUAACAAACUGUGAUAAAUUCUUUCCCCCUCCUCACCCCCCCUUGGCUGCAUUAUUUUCAUACGAACAAACCAAAAAUCCAUGGUGAGCGAUUGCAGUGGGCUGAUGUGUCUUUCUGUGGAGACUUGGGGAUAGCGGUGGGUGCGAUGGUGCUGUGACUAGAGCAAUACUUCCUGCAGCCGCGCUCGGUGCCGGCUCUCCUCGGUCAGCUGCUGACUUUACUUGAAGGAUGUAGAAUAAUUUUUAAACGAUACUAAAGUGUGUACAAUUAGGUCAAAGCAUUGUGCAAUUGUUUCCUAUUAAUUUGUACGACUGAGGGCCCUGAGUGUUUGAGGACGUCGGCUCUCACAGAGCAGAGUGAUUUUAACUAUUGAAUUUAACCAAAGUCUCCAGUGACUCAACUCUGAAUGUAAACUAAUGGAGGAACCCCGGCCACCACGGAGAUUGUUUGCCCAGUUUCAAAGCACAUUGUCUACAAAUGGAAACUGAAAUAAUUUAUAAGAAUAUUGACAUUACUAUGUUUUUUAAAAAGUUCUUAAUUUUUCACUAAAAGGAGGAAGCUAUUAGUUUUAUUAUUAAAUACGGUAGAUAUUAAAAUUCCUCUUAGAAAACCAGUGAUCCAAUGGUCCCAGUUUGAGCUAAGUACCCUUGAGUAUGAAAUGAAUUAGUGACAAUCAGAACAAGUCUUAGUAACAGAUAUUCAAGAGGAAGUUGCUAUUGUUGCAUUGAUUUUAAUAUUUGUACAUAAACACUGAUUUUUUUGAGCAUUAUUUUGUAUCUGUUGUACUUUAAUACCUGUACAGUUCCAGAAAUAAAAAUCUGGGAAUCUUUUUUU